UGAUGGAAAAGGUCCUAACAGUAUGUGUACAGCCUACCCCAGACCUGUGUUUGGAUCUCUACAUGAUGUCCCUAACCUGGCAGCCAGACACUGGCAUACAAUCAUAAUAGCAGAAAAAGUAUUAAACCAGAAAACCAUAAGAAGUAGAAUAUCCUCUCCAAGCUCCCCAAAAGAUAAAUGUUUAAAAAAUAAAAAAGUUGUGUUACAUUCACCACCCAUUAUAACAGAAGAAGACAGUGCUUAUUGUGAUGGAGCCAGUGACAUGUCUAGUGAGGGCACAUUAGAUUGUGAUACUGCAAAGGAUUCUGGGAAGCCUGGCAGUCCUGUGAUGCCCAGUGAAGUAUCCCAUCACCCUGUGGAAACAGCAGAAAGUGAUAUGCCUGAUUGGCUCAAAGCUGAAUUAGAUGAUGCUGAAGUGAUACCUUAUCCAGUAGGAAACCAACCACCCGUCGUCCCACCUCUUCUUUUAAGCAAAACUUCCAGUAUAAAAUCAAAUCAACCAGUUCCAAGUGUUCAACAAAAACCAGUGUCCAGUAACCAGCAGACGUCUGUCACCAUGCCAACAGAGGUUUCCAAAUCUGGUGAAAGUGUUCAACAAAAUGAAAUACCAGAAGGCAAUUCAUCAGUUAAUAACACAACAGAAAAUUCAGUACCAAUAGAUGUCAAUAAACUUCUGGAAAGAAUAUCAUUAUUAGAGAAAGAAAACAAAGAGUUGAAAGAAUUAGUGACUUCUCAAGCUGCAAGAAUUUUAGAGAUGGAAUCCAGUUCUUCAUGAAAUCAUCUGAAAACAACUUUUUAACAGUUAAAAUAGACAGAUCAAAGACAUUGUUUCCUAUCAUGUUUUAUCCCAGUGAAUAGUCAAUUUGAUCAUUUAGUACAUAUGAAUCUCUCUGAAUAUUCAUUUAGCAGCCAGACAUUUUGCUCAGUUCCAUUGUUGCUAUCUUAGUCUGUAUAGUUAGAAAGGUUCUGAUAAGGAAAGAUGUGCCUAAAUCUAGCCUCUUAGGGCUUGAGAAUAUGUAGGCAAGGUUCUUCAUAAUCAAAAAUAGUUUAACACAUUAGGCUACUUUUCAGACAAAAUAAAAGCAAAAAUGAAAUGAGUUAAAUUUGCUGUCUGUUCUAGACUCCUAGUUGCAGAGGGUGUCAUAUACGUAUGCAAGGGGAUAGUAACCUAAUUUAUCAUAUCUACUCACCAGUAGGACAUAGGGAUAUGUUGCUGUGAUAAAUCAUUCAUAUCGUGUAAAUUUUAUCCUCUGAAAGGAUAUUUAUUUCAUAUUGAAAUUAGUAUUUUUAGACAUUUUUGUUUGUAUGUAUAAGGAUUCAAAUUGCAUUGUCAGAAAAAGGACUUUAUCAAUAUAUUAAGUUUUCAGUUUCAUGACCUUGUCC